ACAUGUUGAGAGAAAAAGCUCCAAAAAACACAACACACACACACACCUAACCCCCCUCUCCCUCACGCGUUACGCAACUCUAGGGUAGGUGAGCCGCCUCCAUUGACACCGUUGCAAUUCCUGUGCCACCGCUGAAUCUUAAUCUAGGCCAAAUUGUUAGAAGCUUGGCUAGAGUUGGGGCUCCUGCAAAUUCUCUCUCCGGAGCAGUUGGGGUUUUUGGUGGAGCGUUCGAAAGCUGCUGGUUUUCGGAUUCGAUGCUGCUGUGGACCAGCCAUGUGCAGCUUGGAGAGAGUCGGAGAUGUCUACAUUCUGCGGUUUACGGGCGAUUUGGACGAGCAUCGCUUGAACCCAGCACUCUGUGACGAAAUUAUCAGGAACCUCGCAAUCGUGAAUGAGUCGGAUGCGUCGGCGCUUCUGACAACCAACGAUGGCAAGUAUUUCUCUAAUGGCUUGGACCUCGCGUGGGUGAAUCAAGCUCCCGGCAGUGUCAGCGCCCGCAUGCAAUCGCAGUCGAAAGCCUACUUCAGGCUUCUCAGCGCUUUCAUGCUGGUGAAUGUUCCCACUGUAGCUGCCAUAUGCGGGCACGCCGCUGCCGGAGGUUUGAUCCUUGCGUUAGCUCACGAUCACCGUCACAUGCGCCAAGACAAGGGAUUCGUGUACAUGAGUGAGAUGGACAUCAGUAUUCCCAUCCCUCCACGAGUCAUGAGUCUCAUUCGGUGCAAAUUGAACCCACGCGCGUUCGUUGAGACCGUCUUGAAAGGUACUAAACUUACCGCAACUAAAGCCAAGGAUCUAGACAUUGUCGACGCCGUUCACGGUAGCUCGAAAGAGACCUUUGAUGCGGCCCUUGCAGAGGCCACCCGCCUCGCCAGCAGAAGAUGGAAAAAGGAGGUGUAUCUGAGUAUGAGGCUAACUAUGUAUCCCCAGUUCGUCCCGCGAUUAGAAGGUAGGUUGUGAGGAAUUGAAUUUGGUGCACAGUAGUAUCCUCACAUCCGCGUUGCCACUCCAGUGGGGCAAAUUUCUCAGCUUAGACGAGUGGUUUUAGUAGCAGAAAAUUCGAGCUCUAUUCAAGCCUGGAUUGCUCCGGGAGAUUACAAAAGCUGUGAAUCGGCUGCUGAAGUACACAUGUUCUAUUGCUGGUACAAAAGAGGAGAAUCCAAAUAUGCUGAUUCAGCAUUAUUUUUCCUA